GCACUCGUCUCGCUGCACGUAGAGACGUGUUAUUUGUUCUGCUCCUUGUCUACUUAACUACGAUAGUAAAGAGGCGUUGUUUGUGUUUUAAACACGUUUUGCUUACGAGUUAUUGAUCCCGGAAGUUCGAAUCUGUGAAUAUAUUUCCAACUUUACGUGUUGAAAAGCUUCGUAUUGUCACUUUAUUCACGACAUGUAACUUCAAACAUCUCAGCUAACGGUAGCUAAUUCAGCUAACUAGCUAACCAACUAGCACUGUGAGGAAAACUUAACGUUUUCGGUAACAUGGAUGAUCUUAAAUUGCAGUCGACAGCUCGGGAGCUUCUGUUCUUCUGUUUCUGUCUGCUGACUUUGUCUGGAAAAACACUUGGGCUUCCAAACGGGUCGGGUGUCGUCAGAGUGGUUGUGAAAGAAGGGAGUGACGCCUUUUUACCCUGUUCACUCAGCACCAAGGAGAACGCUGAGGAGAAACUCUUUGACUGGAAGAAAGAUGGUGGGAAGGAGGUUUUCUUUUAUGUUGGAGGCCUUCAUUACAACAACGGCCGUCCAGGUCAAGAUCAGCGGUUCAAAGGUCGCGUCUCACAUUUUCAAGAUGAUCUGAAGUACGGCAACGCCUCCAUCAUCAUCAGAAAUACGAAGGUGACCGACAGUGGAGACUACACCUGUGAUUUUCCACUUCUUCAGCCAAGACAGAUAUCCCACAUUAAGCUUGUUGUAGACUUCACCUUCAGAGACCGAUCAGGAGAAAUCUCAGGAGCAUCUCCAGAGCCGUCUGUCAAGAUACUUAAUCAAACGCAGGACGUGGCCCUGCUGCAGUGUGAAGUUAGAGGUGCUUCUCCUAAACCUACAGUAGAGUGGCAGGACAGUGCUGGAAACAAACUUCCUGCUGAGGAGCCACAGGUCUCAGAAAGAGGAGGCAGCUUCUACAUCACUGUCAACACUACUGUGAUGAAGACCGACCACUAUCGCUGUGUAGCCACACAGGAGGAGAUCCACCAUCACAUUUAUGCUGAGACCUACGUGUACAUCUGUGACACGUGCAGCAAGAUGGACGUCACAGGAUUGUUGAGUGCAUUCGUUUUAGGAGCUCUAACUGUUGCUACAGUUCAGGCUUUGCUUGCAGCUACAAAGUUCAUCACAGCACGCUCUAAUAAAGACUGCUUUUAUUUAACAGGAGCAGCUGAAGAGAGACAGCAAAGUGAGGAGACGGACAGGAUGACGAGCAGCACGGAGCCUUAUGUGGAGUCUAACCUGUGUUCUCCAUCAGACGAAGCGGCCGGAGCCGCCACAAAUUCACCCGCUGGUUUGUGGACCACAGUUUUAAAUACUCGAGUUUGGCAAAAUGGCUGUUGCCAUCUAUUUUAUAUAAAAUAAUAAAUAAAUCAAGAUUUACCAUGACUUUUUUUGCGUUCCCCCGCCUGGUCGUCCGUGGUCAAGGCUCACAAAAGGAUUUCCCUCCCCCUCUACGAUCCAUCCACAGUUGGUGGUGAUGACAUCCUUCGCAACAACUGGCUGAACGGCCCCCAGAGCUUCUCCUCUCCCCCAUCACAUCGCCUGUCUAAUGUCAAGGAGGGCUUCUUCCAGCCCUCCUUGACAUCUAUCCCUCCAUCCUCAAGCAAAAGUUUGUUCACGUGUCAAACUUGACAGGUUUAUUGUUGAUGUAACGUUACAGUCUUAUUUACUGGGUUUGAGAGUCUGGGGAAUAUUUGACUUACAGUAAUUGAAGCUAUCAUUAGUAGCAUUUGCACAUUACAUGAUUGCGCUGUGUGAAAAACAUUUCUAUGUACACAAUGAUGUAUAGAAAUUGUAAGUCACUUUGUAUAUUGCUGAUCAUGUAACGUUACAGUCUUAUUUAGUUAUCACACUGGGUUUGAGAGUCUGCAGAAUGUGACGGCCUGGGGUGUUGGCCUGUUCUCUCUCCUUUCUUUCCAGGUCUUUCUUCCUGUUUGGUCACUUCAUCAGUGAUUGCAGCCACCUGUUCAAGUCUUUAAAUGCUGUGGUGAACCAAGAUGGCGCUCUCUUCCUCGUGACCUCUCUCCUGGAAGGCGGCGCCUUUCAGGAGCUCCUUUUCUUUUGGUUGUUUGUUUUGAGUAUGAUGAGUUUGCUUGUGUUUUGAGUUAAUUAUAAGUUAAGGUAACUUUGAUAAAACCUAUAUGGUUCAUUUAAACUGGU